AUGUUGGUCGAGGAACAGACUGGUAGUGUGGUGGAUACGGUCGAUAGGACUAACCCACCAGCGGAGGAACCAACCCCGCAGGAGGCUCUGCAGGAACAACGCAGUGCAAACGCACUUCAAUCCGACGGAGAUGAGCCUGAAGCGGAAGCGGAGGCGCCUGUACAGCACCAACGAAGCGAUUCCGACGAAAUUCAAAACAGAAACGGGGUGGAGAGUGAGGAGGCGGAGGCAAGAGGACAUGAUGACUCCGCUGCCGUUACAUUGUAUCAAAAGAUUAUUGAGGGUGGCGAGUGGUCAGAGCUUCUUUCCGUCUCCUACGAUGCUGUCCAGAAAACGCUCCAUAGGGAGGCGGUGGAAGCAACAAAUCUGCCGGAUACUUGCAUCCGCGUAUCCAGCUUGCGCGCAGACGGCAAUAAACUUUUUGUGCAGUUAGUGCUGUCGCUGGAAGAGAACGCCACACCGGAUAAGGUGCAGAGUAUUCUGGAUGACCACCCUUUUGACGAGACAAGGGCUCUCAGAGCGCGUCAUGAGAACGGACCAGGUGAAGAAGACGAGGUUGCGGCUGCAGCCCGUGACGAGUGCGAUGUUGGAGAUAUAAAUGGAAAUACAUCAAAGAAAGAAAAGAAAUCUGCAAAGAAGAAGGUUAAGAAGUUACCGAAGGCCGUGGCUUCUCUAGUCACGGAUGAGGCUUCGGAACAGGCAGCAGCUGCGCCCCAGAACAGGAGGAGGACGAACUACAAGGAGGCACCAACACCUUAUUAUAAGGCAAUCUCAGGAGCUGCCGCAAGAGCUGCGAAAGACUCGAGGUCGACGUCGAAGACUCGGAGGACGCGAGGUGCCGCCGAUGUAAAUGAAAACCCCACUUCAAGUGCCACGCCUCGAAACAUGACGGUUCCGCCUCUGUCGCGGUCUGCCAUCGCACACUCCGUUAGUGCAACACGCGCCCUGAGCCUCGGGGACCGAAUUUCCGCGGGUCGCGGGCCUCGUACUCCCCGGACGGGUCGCGCGCCGUCCAUCCAUACUCCUCGAGUCGGUACUAAUAACCUGAUCCACCGAUCUACAGUACAACGCCGGUGCUUUGGAUCAGCAGUGGUGCCCACCAUUCCAACUGGGCCAAUUGCUGCGCGACCCAGUACUGCGUCAGGAACCGCCGUGCCAUUGGCGGCCGGGAGAGCCGAAAACAAAGAGGCCCCAAUGCGCGCGGGGCGUAGGCGUAACCGCCGCAGUGUUCCUCCUCAACACGUUGUGUUCGUCGAAAUGUCAUAUCGCAAGCGCACUGAGUUGCAAGCAAUGAAUGCGGCGGCUGUCGUUACUGAUGAAGAGAUUAAUGAGGAGAGCAUUGUUCCGGCUGACGCAGCGGGGCGAAUGGCAAGUGGGUCAACUUCUCCUUCGCGGAGACCGUUCAAUAAAGGGGGUUCGGUUGAGUCCGCUGCGACGCGGCCGUCUGGAAGGGGAGCUGCUCUCACGCAAGAUGCCGUUGAUGCUGAAGGAAGUGCCGCUGACUCAAACGCCAGGCGUCUAACAGGACGAAAUGUGACCGAUACUAAAGGGGAACUCCCGACAGAAGUAAAGGAGGAUGCUGAACCUGACAACCGACGGCGAGUGGGGGAUGAAGCUUCUGCGCCCGUGGAAAGGGAUUCCGAGCAGGAGCCCGAGCCCAGAGCCGACAGCGCCGUCGCACCACCAACUGUUGACGGAUCCAAUAGGGCCUCUCCGCACGCGAGUGUGAACCGUAGCGAAACAGUGGAAGAAAAGGAAGAAGUGAGGGAGGAACAAGCUUCAGAGAAGGAAUCGACUGCUUAA